UGUCCCCCCCCACAGGGCCCGGGAUGGCACUCUCCGUGACAGAGUUCAUUGUCUUCUCCCUCCUGCAAACCGCCCUGUCCCUGAACCCCGAGGACCCCAACGUGUGCAGCCACUGGGAGAGCUAUGCCGUGACCGUCCAGGAAUCAUACGCACACCCCUUCGACCAGAUCUACUACACGAGAUGCACAGACAUCCUCAACUGGUUCAAGUGCACCAGGCACCGGAUCAGCUAUAAGACGGCGUAUCGGCGCGGCCUCCGGACCAUGUACCGACGGAGGUCCCAGUGCUGUCCCGGCUACUAUGAGAACGGAGACUUCUGCAUACCCCUGUGUACAGAGGAGUGUGUGCAUGGCCGCUGUGUUUCCCCGGACACCUGCCACUGUGAACCCGGCUGGGGAGGGCCCGACUGUUCCAGCGGCUGUGACAGCGACCACUGGGGCCCCCACUGCAGCAACCGGUGCCAGUGCCAGAAUGGAGCCCUGUGCAACCCCAUCACAGGCGCCUGCGUGUGUGCCGCCGGCUUCCGCGGCUGGCGCUGUGAGGAGCUCUGUGCGCCCGGCACCCACGGCAAGGGCUGCCAGCUGCCGUGCCAGUGCCGCCAUGGAGCCAGCUGUGACCCCCGCACUGGCCAGUGCCUCUGUGCACCGGGCUACACUGGAGUCUACUGUGAGGAGCGGUGCCCACCUGGGAGCCAUGGGGCUCACUGUGAGCUGCGCUGCCCCUGCCAGAAUGGGGGCACCUGCCAUCACAUCACGGGAGAGUGUGCCUGCCCCCCAGGCUGGACGGGAGCAGUGUGUGCCCAGCCCUGCCCACCGGGGACGUUCGGCCAGAACUGCAGCCAGGACUGUCCUUGCCACCACGGAGGGCAGUGCGAUCACGUGACUGGCCAGUGCCACUGCACAGCUGGCUACAUGGGGGACAGGUGCCAGGAGGAAUGCCCCUUCGGGACGUUUGGCUUCCAGUGCUCACAGCGUUGUGACUGCCACAACGGGGGCCAGUGCUCCCCCACCACCGGCGCCUGCGAGUGUGAGCCUGGCUACAAAGGCCCACGCUGCCAGGAGCGGCUGUGCCCCGAGGGGCUACACGGCCCAGGCUGCACCUUGCCUUGCCCCUGUCACACCGACAACACCAUUAGCUGCCACCCAGUCACUGGAGCAUGCACCUGCCAGCCAGGCUGGUCUGGCCAGCACUGCAAUGAGUCCUGCCCCGCUGGCUACUACGGCAACGGCUGCCGUCUGCCUUGCACCUGUCAGAACGGCGCUGACUGCCACAGCAUCACCGGGAGCUGCACAUGUGCCCCAGGCUUCAUGGGAGAGAUCUGUGCAGUUCCGUGUGCUGCGGGGACCUAUGGUCCCAACUGCUCAUCUGUCUGUAGCUGUGACAACGGUGGCACCUGCUCCCCCGUGGACGGCUCCUGCUCCUGCAAGGAAGGGUGGCAAGGCCUGGACUGCACCCUGCCGUGUCCCAGCGGGACGUGGGGCAUGAACUGUAACGAGAGCUGCGCCUGUGCCAACGGGGCAGCCUGCAGCCCCACAGACGGCUCCUGCUCCUGCACCGCCGGCUGGCUUGGAGACGCCUGCGAACUGCCCUGCCCGGACGGCACAUUUGGGCUGAACUGCAGCGAGCGCUGUGACUGCAGCCACGCGGAUGGCUGCGAUCCUGUCACGGGCCACUGCUGCUGCCUGGCCGGAUGGACAGGUAUCCGCUGUGACAGCAUGUGUCCUCCUGGCCGCUGGGGUCCCAACUGCUCCGUCUCCUGCAGCUGCGAGAACGGUGGCUCCUGCUCCCCAGAAGAUGGGAGCUGCGAGUGUGCCCCUGGCUUCCGAGGACCCUUAUGCCAGAGAAUCUGCCCCCCCGGGUUCUUUGGCCAUAGCUGCACCCAGCCAUGUCCCCUCUGCGUGCACAGCAGUGGACCCUGCCACCACAUCAGCGGCGUCUGUGAGUGCCUCCCGGGAUUCUCCGGAGCCCUCUGCAACCAAGUGUGUGCUGGAGGGCACUUUGGGCAGGACUGUGCCCAGCUCUGCUCCUGUGCCAACAACGGGACCUGCAGCCCCAUCGAUGGCUCCUGCCAGUGCUUCCCUGGAUGGAUUGGCAAGGACUGUUCACAGGCUUGUCCCCCAGGGUUCUGGGGCCCUGCCUGCUUCCACACGUGUAGCUGCCACAACGGGGGGAGCUGCAGCGCUGAGGACGGCGCCUGCCACUGCACCCCUGGCUGGACUGGACUCUUCUGCACGCAGCGCUGCCCUGCAGCGUUUUAUGGGAAGGACUGUGGGCGCGUGUGCCAGUGUCAGAACGGCGCCAGCUGUGACCACAUCACCGGCAAGUGCACCUGCCGCACAGGCUUCACCGGGCGCCACUGUGAGCAGAGAUGUGCACCGGGAACCUUUGGCUACGGGUGUCAGCAGCUGUGUGAGUGCAUGAACAAUGCCACCUGUGACCACGUCACUGGCACCUGUUAUUGCAGCUCUGGAUUCAAAGGAAUCCGGUGUGACCAAGCUGCCCUCAUGAUGGAGGAGCUGAAUCCCUACACCAAGAUCAGCCCAGCGCUGGGUACAGAGCGACACUCGGUGGGUGCUGUCACGGGCAUCGUCCUCUUGUUGUUCCUCAUUGUGGUGCUGCUAGGCCUGUUUGCUUGGCGCCGGCGGCGACAGAAAGAGAAAGGCCGUGACCUGGCACCCCGUGUCUCCUAUACACCUGCCAUGAGGAUGACCAGCACUGACUACUCGCUCUCAGAUUUGUCUCAAAGUAGCAGCCAUGCCCAGUGCUUUUCCAAUUCCAGCUACCACGCACUGGCGUGCGGGGGGCCUGCCACCAGCCAGGCCAGCACUCUGGACAGGAACAGCCCCACCAAGGUGCUUGUGGAAUGGAUAGACGUCAGAACACAUACAUUAUGGACAAAGGCUUCAAAGGUCUAUUUAGGAGUCUCAGCCACGCUGAAAGAGACGAUCGACAGCAAAGAUCCCAGUGGCUAUCACAGAUCUAGCCGUGCACCAAGACCACCUGGAAAGCUUCUUAAACAUACAGAGGUCCACACCCCCUAUUGCCAAGACUCUGAAGGAGUAAUCUAGAGUCCUGGAGUCUCCAUUUGUUAUUAGUACUUCAGGGCAUUCUUAGGCAGCAUUUGUCAUCCAACUAAUACUUAGGAACCACUUGCCUAGACUGAUCCCGAUUUCUUGGAUUACUGUUCUGGUUUUUCAGACUUAGCCUUAGUUAUACCUGAGCCACAACCAUUUCCUAACCAAGGAGAGCCAGUCAUCUGUAGCCAUCGGUGGAAUGGUUAUUAGCAGUGGAGCGAGCUAGGGGUCGUUCUGAGCAAGAGAGCAGGAAGGGUCUCCAUGAACAUGUCAGGAUGUAUACAGCCCAAGAGAACAAUCUGAGAACAGGAAGUCAGUCACCUCUUGGCUUCUGGACAGCCAAAGUUCACUACUCCCUUGGGAACAUCAAUUCUGGCCAUUUUCUGUGUAUUGACUCAAACCAUCCAAAUGGAGGCAAGCACCAUUACCAUAGUGAAUGGUACAGUGGUGAGGUGAAGCUAAAAACAGAAAGCUUUACUGUUUUAUCACUGUGACCCAAGACCUCUCAGUUUCUUUCUCAAAGAGGUGUGGGGACUGUGCAGAAAGAUCUCUUAAGACUUUCCAGCUCCGAAAAUAUGCAUGACUCAAGCAUGAGUAAGCUCAGACAGGCCCAGACAGUUCAAUAAAUGAGCACAUAACUCUCCUAUGCACUUUGUUGUCCCAUGCAUUGCGAUUAGGGUGACUGCUUUCAGACUCGAAACCAUGAAUGUGUAACAAAGCUAAGGAGGGCAGUGUCUCUGCCUGGGCGUCAUUCAUUCCUGUUUUGUGGGAUCAUGUAUCCGAGCCCGUAAGUGCAGGGAAGGCCAGAUUUUGUUUCACCACUGACUAUAAUCACUCCUUAAAUUAGAGAGAUAAGCAGGCUGCCUAGGUACAUAUGCCAACAGAUGCUGGGAACCAACACACCAGAACAAGAGAAUUCAAGAAGAGGAAAAUGAAAUGUCACAGUUUGGAACUUUACAGAAAUACUUAUCAAAGACAUGGAAUAAAUCCCACUAACUGGCUGAUAAACAAACAUUUAAUAAACUAGUCUGUACCAGGAACAAAAUUACUUCCUAAAGCUAUUGGGCCAAACCAAAUGAGAACCAUUAAGAGUGAAGAGUCUGAGUGUUCUCUAAACUCAACGGGCAAGACCCUGGCCUGGACGUUUUGGAUUCGAGUCCUAGUUCUUACUGUGUGUGGGACUGACUGGGUCCCACUGUUAUUUCCUGUGUUUGAUUUUUCUACCUCCAUUAGAACGAUGAGGUUUGUUGUACUAGCACCAUUUCUACGGCCCCCUCCAUGUCCUAAUUCAGCCAGUGCUCCUUCUUGCCCUUGUUACUCUCCUUCAGCCCUCCGCUCACUGCCAUCCCAAAGCUGAACAACACCAUGCACUACUUGCUGUGCUAACCCCAUUUUACCUCUAAACACCUGUCCAUCUCCCCUUCCCCCCUCAACACAAUGAUACUGUAACAAACUGCCUUGUGUUUAAUUCCCUGUCAGGCAUUUUAAAGUGCUACAGAAGAAAUCCUCCCUGGCACUCUCCUUCACCUUUAUGAUCCUGAAAUCCUGAAUCCCGCUGGUGCUGCCGCAGGGAAGCCACCUGUAUGCUCCUUGUUAAUCCAGCCUCCACGGGUCUCCUUGCAAUAACUUUGGGUUCCCAGAUAGUGAGCAGUCCAGUGACAUCCUGAAAACUCUUUUUAGCCAGUGUGGUUCUCCUUCUGACUCUGAAAUCUCCCUUUUCUUCUCACCAUAUCCUUGUCUCUCACUGAAGUGAAGAAUGCUAACCUAGGGCCCAGGAAGAGAAAAGGCAGUGUGGCUGUCUAAUAAUAGUCAUAGGCUGAGAAGAAACGUGUUCAGUGCGGGGGUUUUCCCCAAGUGUGAAAUACUGACUUUACCUAGAUGUUUGGGUGAACCUGAAAGUUCCAGUCCCACUCACUAGGUGGCCUUGGAAAAUCAUUUCCCCUCUCUGGAUUUGCCGCUUCCUUUAUAAAAUGAAUGUUCUUAGGCUCAUUCCAAAGCCCCUUCAGCAUCUGAGGGUAAGAAGACUACGUGAUUUGGGAGAGGUGGGAGUAAGGUGAGAACAAAGAGCAAGGCAUUACAAAGCUAAACCUUCAGUCCUGAUGCUAAUUACAGGCCUUGGAGGAGUGACUCCCCAAAGCUUAAAUAGCUUUGGUGGACGCUUCCCCUUUCCUUGCAAAAUGCCCCAAGGGCAGGGACUGGUUGGGGGGGCGGGGCUAUAAAAAGACAAGGAAGUAUCUCAGAGGGGCUGGUUGCUCUUCCCCUACCCCACCCUCCCUGAGGGCAGGCAGGUAGAUGACUCAGCUGAAGAGACGAAUAGCUUUCUAAAGUGUUAAGUUUUCCAGCUAGCCCUGCCCUUUCCUCCCUCCAGUUCCCACAAAUAGAAUCUGGAUUAUUCCAUAAUCCAACACCCUCUUCUGACCACCUCAAAUCACAACAGACUUCUCCAUCCUUUCUUUCCCUCUGGUCCCUUUAUGGAAGGUACAGCUUCAGGAGAAACAAAUCCCUUCCCCCAACCCCAACUUCUCUUUUUAUUCACUUAGGGCAUCCAUCCCCUGUUGCACAGCAGACUAUUUGCAGUUGUCCCCCUUAUCUGUAGUUUUUCUUUCCUCAGUUUCAGUUAGCCCAUAGUCACAUGAUCAAGGUCAAUAGUGGCCCGUCACAAUGCCUACCUAGGCCGUUCACCUCACCUUACCAUCUCACAUCAUCACAAGAAGGGUGAGUAUACAGUACAAUAAAGUAUUUUGGGAGACCCCAUUCAUAUGACCUAUCACAUUAUAAUUGUUCUAUUAGUACUGUGUUUAAUCUUACUGUGCUUAACUUACAAAUUAA